UUUCUCCCGGGGCUGAGCGGAGAAAGUCCCACUGCGGAGUCGGCUGCGAGAUGAUGGGGGGCUCCUGCGCACUGGACUUGGGGGUCCUCCUUGGGGCGGCAGUGCUGGCGGUGCUGGUCUCCCCUCCGGAGGUGCUGGGCGUGGAGGAGCCGCCAGAGCAUUUCCUCUUCCAGAAGAAGGCCGAGUGCCACUUCUCCGCCUCUGCCAACGGGACGCAGCAGCGCAUCCGCUUCCUGGACCGCUACUUCUGGGGCCGGCAGGAGCUCUUUUACUUCGACAGCGACCGAGGGAGGGUCGUGGCGGUGGCAGAGCUGACCGAGCGCGACGUGGAAGCCUUUAACAAGGACAAGGCCAGACUGCGCACCCUGAUGGCCAACGUGGAGCACUUCUGCCCGCACGACUACGGCAUCUUCGAGGGCUUCUCCUCCCGCAGGAAGAUCCAGCCCAAGGUGAAGAUCACACCCACAGAGGAUGACUCCUCAUGGCACAACACUUUGCUGAUUUGCACCGUGGCCAGCUUUUUCCCUCCAAAGAUCGAGAUCAAGUGGUUCAGGAACGGGAAGGAGGAGACCAGAGUGUGGACCACAGACGUCACCCGGAAUGGGGACUGGACCUUCCAGAUCCAGGUGAUGCUGGAGGCGCAGCCAGAACGCGGAGACAUCUAUGCCUGUCAGGUGGACCACACCAGCUUCGAGGGCCCCGUCACCGUGCAGUGGGAGCCACAGUCGGACUCCGCCAAGAGCAAGAUGUGGACGGGGAUUGUGGGGCUGGUGCUGGGGCUGGUCUUUGUGGCAACCGGACUCACCCUCUACCUGAAGAAGAAGAAAGGGCGAUCCAUCCCUCAGCCUGCAGCGCUCAUCAGUUAGACUUCGCUGCUCCGUGGGGAUCCCCCGAUGUGGAGGAGCACCUUUCUGUCCCCUCCCUCGGCGAGUGUCUGCCUGUCCUUGCUCUGAAGACGCAGACUUUUGGAGGUGACAAGAGGGGCUGGAGAAGACCCUUCGCAGAGACAAAGCCACUCCCUCCAGAGCCCCACAUGUCUUCUGCCUUUCAUGUCUCCUUUAGGGGGGGAAAGGGAAAGGGGGGUCCUAUUUGGUGUUUUCUUCCAGCUCUGUAAGCCUGGCUGAUCUUUCUGGCACACGUCUUCUAGAUCUAGAAUCUCGUGCACUCCCUGCUGGGGGUGGGGUCUGAACUGUCCCUUAAAACAACAAAGGAUCUACUCGAUCCCAUAAGGACUUUUGGUCUUUAAAGCAGGGAAGGGGAAUUUCAGGCCUGGGGGGGAGGUCAAAUGCGGCCCUCCAGACCUCUCUGUCUGCCCCGUGAAGCUCUCCUUUAGCCACCAUCCUCCUCCCCAGGCCACACCCCUCACUAGCCUCGCUUUGCCCCCUCCCUGAGAACUUCUGCCUGGCUGGAGCCCCCUCCCCCCCCCCCGAUAAUGGCUACUCUUUCUUUGGAGGAGGGAGGGGGAGGGGCAAACCAUCCUCCUAUUCAAAGGUUAAAUUUGCAUUCUGUGCUCCACCCACUUUUGCCUCUGGCCACGCCCACCUCUAGCAUCUGGCCCCUGGAAGGUUACCCAGAAGGGAAGCGGCCCUUGAGUUGCAAAAAGUUCACUUUCAAGGGCUGCAAAAGUCUUGGCUGCUCUUGCGGACUGAUACGGCUGCCACCAGCUCUCUGGGUUGCAAGGAAAUUACCUCACGAUCAGCCUAGUUCGAUGUUGCCUUUACUUUAAUGUCUGCACUGAUCGGCAGCAUCUGAGGAGGGCCAGGGGACGCUUGUGGGUCAGCCCUCUUUCUGCCUGGCCGCCUCCCUCCCCUUCGGAUCCGGAGUCAAUGUCUGGCCACCCACUCCUGGACAAAUGCUGCAAGUCUGUAGCUCCCACUUUCUAGAUGAUUGUGGGGGAAGGACUCUGCAUUCCUCCCCCAGACCCCGAGGAUGAGCCCAAUUUCCAGAGACAGACCUCCUCCCCCCCCUCUGCUGACAGCUGCUAAUUUGUUAAUUGCUCUGUAAAUAUCCAGCUAUUUUAUGGCAACCACUAACCACCCUCUGCCCCGACCCACAUUAAUCUAGCAGCAGAUUUCACAGCCUUGACAUGAUUUCUUCUGAGUUGUACCAAUAAAAAUAUUUUGAACCUCC